UGUGCAAACUGUGUUACUCAUUGAUAUUUAUCCUCAUAACGCGUACCAAGAUAAGGCAAUAUAUACUGCUUGUAGUCGAUAUUAGUUAUCAUUUUUCCAGGUGAUCGUUUACUUUAUGUAUGAGGAGUUGACGAAUUUCGACAGGAAACUUUUACAAAAUCAUUGGAAUUUACAAUGAUAUUAAAAAUAAACGUUUGGAAAAUUAACGCUAAAAGGCAGCAUAGUCGAUUAGUGCUGACUGGAAAAACGAAAUGGCGACGGCAGAUGAAACUGAUGAUAGUUUGUCAAACACUAGCGGAUAUUUUCAGUGUGAGCCAUGUUCAUCCGAUGGACAGAGACGAAGGGUUGAGGGAUUUUGCAUGGAGUGCAAUGAAUAUCUGUGUCAGUUUUGUCUGGAUACACACCGGAAACUAAGCAUGUCGAAGACACAUCAUGUUAAAAGAGGGAAAGACAUACCAGAAACAAAGCAAAACAAACAAACUCCGAAUCCUGCUGAAACCAAUUGUCAUUUCCAUACUGACAAGCAAAUAACUUAUUUCUGUAAAUCACACCAGCAGCUCUGUUGUGACCAGUGUGUGAUUUUGGGGCACAAGGUUUGUACUGAUGUAAAGUCUAUUAGCGAUCAUUCUCAAGAGUUAAUUGAAAGCAAAGAAUUUAAGACGGCUUUCGAGAAGCUUAAGAGCUUACAAUCCGUAUACACAGCGAAAAUCAAGGAAGUUAGAAAGAAUCUUGAAGACGUUGAUUUGUAUUAUCAUAACUCGAUGGAAACGUUCAAAGCUGAAGUUGACAAAAUUAAGAUGGCGGAUAUAAAUAAGUUAAAGGCUAUUGUCGCUUCGUACGAAUGUAUUCUUCGCCAGUUGAUUGCAUGGUUUGAUUAUAUCGACACCUAUACAAACAACAAACAGAGCAAGGAACUCGCCGUGCUGGUGUUGGGGACAACAAAAUCUGUAAAUGCGAUCGAAGAUAAUGUGCAAAAGCUUUGCAAAGACGACAGUAUUGUCAGAUAUGGCUUUGUACCAGAUAAAACAUCACUGCUUCGUCUAAUCAAGGCACCAUUUCUCGUUAAGACUUUCACUGUCAAACAUGAACGUGACAAACAAAUAUGUUUUAUUUCAGACAUUGCACUGUUAAAAGAAAACCUCAUCUUAGUCACAGACUACAACAAUUCAAGCCUGAAGAUAUUUAAUUCUGAUUCAACAACUCUUGUGUCCUACGUUAAACUGCAGUACCAGCCCUGGCAAAUGUCGGUAACAGAAAAAGGUGAGAUCUACGUAACACUUGGUCAAUCUAAAAUCCUCCAUCUAAAUUCACCGGCAACAGACCUUACCACAUUCCGUGAGAUAGACGUAGACGGCAAAUGUUAUGCCAUAGAAUGCUUGAACAAAACCCUGAAAGUUCAGUGUACGUCUCCUGCCAAAACUCUAGAAGUAGAUGGAGAUGGCAAACAAGUCAGAGUUAUCAACAACGACUUAAGUAAGGAGACCACAGAGCAAGGAGAACAGUUUGUUUCCAAUCCACGCUGGUCAACACAAGAUCCUGAUACGGGCUCAAUGUAUGUUUCAUGCAACGAAAAAUCAUCAAUUGCAGAAAUAACAAGUGCCGGCCAAGUAAAGCUAUUUGUGAAGUCAGUCCAGCUGAAUUCUCCUCAGGGUCUGUGCAUGGACAAUGAUGGUUCUAUCCUCGUUUGUCGCUCCAGCAAUAACGUGUAUAGGGUGAAGAGGAAUGGAGAUAUACAGAGUGUUUUACCUCAAUCUCUAAGCUUUCAACCUCACGCAAUUGCUUUUGAUAAAUCUACAAAGAGGUUGUAUGUCGGAGGAGAGUCAAAUGAACUCCGUGUGUUCCAAGUCUAAACUUUGAAAUCAUUAAAUGAAUACAUUAAAUAAAGCUAUAAAAGCAUUAUAUAGUAACUUACAUUGAAUAUAACAUUGCAUAUAUUUAUCAUUAUAUAAAGUACACUUGACAUUAUAUCUAAGGGAUUUGUUUGGUUAUUUGACUUUUGUACAUAUUAAAUAACUCGGUGAAA